AUGCGCGGUCUGAUGUAUAAUAUCACAAGUAUCCGUAACAUCCUCAAGUUAUUUCUAUUCACUACACUCUCAAUAAUCAUUCUUGGUCUUGUUGGAUCUGGCUACCGAAUUUUCAGCUCUCAAGAAAAAGAGACAUCUUUAGAACUGUCUCCCAACGUCAUCGUUGUCGAUCCCGACGAUCCAACUCUCAACAGAAACUUUACAUGUAUUACCACACAAAUAUUAAUGAAUGUGUUUCAAACUAGUCUUUGUCUCCAUUCAAAACAUGAUACAGUUAGUAAAUCAGUUGCGGAGCGACGGGUUUGGGAAGAAAAUGAUGUUUCACGACUACUAAACAUUCUUGUUCGUAAUCCUGAAAUGCAAAUGAUUGAUAUUGGAGCUAAUAUAGGUGGAUUUACCAUGUUUAUAGCAGGUGCACUCGGACGUUUUACAUUAGCGAUUGAAUGUUAUCUGCCAAGUAUUGAACGAAUCGCACGUGCGGUGCAACUUCGAAACGCACAAAAAAAUGUUGUUCUCGUUCAAAAUGCUCUCUAUUCAAGUCCAGGCAAAUAUUUAACGAUAACAACUGAUGAUCCGAGUGGUAUAAGAUUACAAGAGGGAACGACAGAGAAAGAGUCGAAAAAUGAAUUCGUUGUCAAAACGAUCAAGUUCGAUGACUUACUUCCGAUACUGAUUCAACGAAAAGUGAAAACAGCCAUGAUUAAAAUCGAUAUCGAAACAUCUGAAAGCUAUAUAUGUGCCACAGGUGCAAAAAUAUUCGAUCAGAUUAAUAUUCCGUAUAUUAUGAUGGAAUGGCAUUCUUGGCGCGUUAAACAUCAGCAACGAUAUCAGUACAUAGUAGAUUUUAUGACUGCUCGAGGCUAUAUUCCCGUUGAUGCGAGUUGUAAAGAACUUAAUCCAAACGAUUGGCUCAAUCUAUCAUGGCCAGGCAAUAUUUUUUGGAUUAAAAAAUCAUAUCCUAGAAACCUUCUUUGUUGA